AUGAUUACCGACAACGACGAGGAGUAUCGAGAUGUCGUUGUGAUUCCCUACAACAACAGCGAGGACUACCGCCAGCUGUCCGUGGCUGCCUGGGUCUAUUGCGAGAAGGACGCAUCGUGUAGCAGCGAUCCGUGCUACCUCCUUGCCAAGAAGGGAUCUUUUGCUCUUGGCCUUCGCUCAGAUGAGAUCGCCAUGGCGUUUCACAACAAGCGACCCGGCUGGCAAUGGAUUGGCAGCAGGUGGCGCAUGCCUGCCCAGACCUGGACCCACGUCGUGGUGGUCUACGAUUCUACCUACGAGCAAGCGUGCACGUACGCGAACGGAAGGCUCGUCUCUACACAGCAGGUUAAAGGCAAGCUCAAGGGUAGUACGCAACCGCUGCUCAUCGGCGUCGAGUUGAAGCCAGACAAGGGAACACGAACGCGCUUCAAGGGUCUCAUUUCGUACGUCACGCUGUGGAAGCACACCAUCGCGCCCGACACGAUCAACCAGCACCUGUCGGGCGCUAUCACUGGCACCGAGCGCGGCAUCAUCGGACACUGGCCCAUGACCGAGGGCGUGGGCGAAAAGAUCUUCGACGCCUCACCCAACAAGCUCGAUGGCGAUAUCAACUUUGCCCUGUGGUGGAUGAACUCGGAUUCUGUCGGGCAUGUCGACGUUCCCAAGUCGACGCUGGUGGAAGACAUGAGGAAGAUGUUCAACUCACCGCUGGGCAGCGACUUGAAGCUGAUAGCAUCCGACGGUCGAGAGCUGCACGCGCACAAGAUCAUCCUCGCCAUGCGUUCGGAAGCGUUCCGUGCUCUGCUCUUCGGCGGGAUGCGGGAGAGCACGCAGGCGGAGAUCCAGUUCCCCGACAUCAAGUACGAAGUGCUCGCGCUGGUCGUUGAGUUCCUCUACACCGACACCGCGAACAUCACCGGCGAUAUCGUCGUGGGCCUGUUCAUGGCGGCGGAUCAGUACCAGCUCGGCCGACUUCGCGCGCUCUGCGAAGACUUCAUCCUCCAGAACAUCUCCAUCGAGAACGUCUGCACCAUCUUCCAGACGGCGGACCAGUUGCAGGCCCACAAGCUGCGCGGCUUCUGCUUCAACUGGAUCAUCAAUAACUUCGGCGAAGUCCUCACCUGCGACGCCUACCCUCAGCUGCCCGCCGAGCUACAGCGGGAGAUCAACUACGCCGCGGCGAAGAUGCACUUUGGGAAGAAGCGCAAGCUGGACGAGGCCACGAGCGAACCUUGA